UCAAAUCUUCAGCAAGGGCUAUACAAACUUGAGACAACCUUUGUGAUCUGCUUUAAGUUGCCCCUGGUUGUAUGAAUGAAAGUCAUUUUUCCAUCUCAGUGUGUAAAUGUGCAACAGAAUCCCAAAUGAAUCACAUCUGUGUGUUAAGUGGCACCCAGCACACCCCGUGUGAGUCUGAGCAUGCGUACGAGACACUUCCACAGUCCGCCGUUUCCAUAUGAGGCCCAGAAGAGCAAAAUGUGGUGACAGCAGCACUAAAAAUACCCAACAGGCCGAGCGUGGAUCGGGUUCCAGCUGAGCCAGCGAACGUUGCUGCUGCUGCUUCUGCUGCUUUGUAUGAGCGAGAAAAACAGCGACUUUAUUUUUCCCUUGCAGGUUUCUUCUGAAGCACUUAGUGGGGGUUAGGAUGGGAGAAACAGAAGUGGAUGGAACCAAAAUGGCAAACAUGGAAGAGCCCCAGCCAGUACCUGCUGUCAGUAAGAGCUCCAAGAAAUCCGAGGGACACUCAGUCUUCACCUGGCUCAUAGUGUUGGCUCUGCUGGGGGCCUGGAUGUCUGUGGCUGUUGUCUGGUUUGACCUAGUUGAGUACAACAACGUUGUAGGAACACUUGGAAAAGUGUAUGAUGCUGAUGGUGAUGGUGACUUUGAUGUAGAAGAUGCCAAAGUUCUGUUGGGACUAAAGGGGCAAAGUGAUUCAGAAACUAAGGAAGAGCCCUUCAAAACAGCAGACAAGAUACACCGAGUUGCACCAGCAUCGUUUCAACCAUUUGACAAUGUAAUUGCACCAGCAUCUUUUCAACCUUUUGAUUCACAAGAAAGCAUUGACAGCACUGGAGAGUUAGUUGUAGAGGCUUCACCGGAGAAAACGUUAGAGCUGUCUGCAACAGAAAGAUACCAAAGUGAAGAGUCGUACUAUAAACAGCUAGAAAAAGAGUUUGCGGACAUUCUAGCCGAUGAGAAUAAAGGAUCUACACUGGAUGAUACACCUGAAACUAAAGUUCCACAGAAGCUUGAGGCUGAACCUACAGAGUUACCCGCAGUGGCAAGUGACUUGACCUCAGAGACUGUGACGGAAACAUCCAAACCUCAAACCACUUCAGAGUCUUCAUCUGCACAUCAGCCGAAAUCGGGGAUUACACCAGAAACAGAGGUUAAGAAGAAAAAGCCAAGCAUCUUUAAUAAAUUCGACAAAAUAAUAAAAUCAGAAAUCAACGCAGCUGAAAAACUCCGUAAGAAGGGUAAAGUUGAAGAAGCUCUGCGUGCUUUUGAAGCUCUUGUGCAGAAAUAUCCCCAGAGUCCCAGGAGUCGCUAUGGUAAAGCUCAGGCUGAGGAUGAUAUGGCUGAGAAAUUGCGUAGUAAUGAGAUGCUCCUGAAGGCUGUAAACACUUAUAGGGAGGCAGCAGAGCUCCCAGAUGCUCCUGCAGAACUUAUCAAAGUCACGUUAAAGAGACGUGCUGACAGACAGCAGUUUCUUGGACGUACAAAGGGCUCUUUAGCAACCUUGGAAAGGCUUGUGCAGAUUUUCCCAGAUGACAUCACUCUGAAGAAUGAUCUAGGAGUGGCUCAUCUUCUGAUUGGUGACAAUGUGGGUGCCAAACGGGUCUAUGAGGAGGUGUUAGCUGUUGCUCCAAGUGAUGGCUUUGCCAAAGUGCAUUAUGGAUUCAUCCUUAAAUCUGAAAAUAAGAUAGCAGAAAGCAUACCUUACCUUAAGGAGGGUUUGGAGUCUGGGGCACCAGGAACUGAUGACGGGAGAUUUUAUUUUCACCUUGGGGAUGCACUGCAGAGAGUAGGAGAGCCGACUCGGGCUCAUGAAUGGUACGAGGCUGGUUACCAACGUGGUCAUUUUGCCUCUGUCUGGCAGCGGUCACUGUAUAACGUGGCAGGACUACGAGCUCAACCAUGGUGGACAGCCAAAGAUACUGGAUAUGUUGACCUUGUUCGGACGCUGGAGCGGAACUGGAUGACCAUCAGAGACGAAGCGUUAGCCGUGCUAGACACUAAACGUGGACUCUUCUUGCCAGAAGAUGAGAAUCUUCGAGAGACAGGAGACUGGGGCCAGUUUACACUCUGGCAGCAGGGAAGGAAAGUCAGUUCUUCGUGUCAGAGUGUCCCCAAAACCUGUGCUUUACUGGAACGUUUCAAAGAGACCACCACCUGCAAGAGGGGCCAGAUCAAGUUCUCAGUGAUGCAGCCUGGCACACAUGUAUGGCCUCACACUGGACCCACUAACUGCCGUCUGCGUAUGCACCUCGGUCUCGUCAUCCCUCAAAAAGGCUGUCGAAUCCGCUGCACCAACCAGACCCGAGAGUGGGAAGAAGGAAAGGUGUUGAUAUUUGAUGAUUCGUUUGAGCACGAAGUGUGGCAGGAUGCAGACAGCUACAGGCUCAUCUUCAUCGUAGACGUCUGGCAUCCAGAACUCAGCCAAUCCCAGAGGCAAAGCCUGUCCCCCAUAUGAAGCGUUAAAUCAGUGGCAAAGAAUUACUGUGACGUCUCAGCCAGUUACAGCCACAAGCCAAACCCUAACCUCUGGCUGAUUUCUGGUUCUGAACAAACUACCACAUGAAUAUAUAUGCUGUUUAAUUGAAUAGUGAUUUAUGGAGAACAUAGGUAAUGCAUCUUGUCCUUCUGGUGUCCUGGGUUUUCAGUCAACAAGAAGAAAAGGUGGAUGGAUUAGAGCUGUUUCGUGUUUUGCAAAGCUUCGGACAAGCAAUUAAAAUGAGUUGGUAGAAUUCCACAAAUGAAGGUUUACAAAUAGUUUUGAGAGUUCAGCUCUGAAUACUGUAAAUGAAACCACUGAAAUGGACCAAAGUGAAAGGUGAUGAAGAAGGAGGCAGACCACUGAAGGUGCAUUAUACUGUUACUUGAAUAUACUCGGCGUUCACUUCAUUAGAAACAACUACACAUUGAUCCAGUUAUCUAAUCAGCCAAGCAAGUGCUUAAUCGUGCUGGUGCUGGUCAAGAGCUUCACUUAAUUUUCACAUCAAACAUCCUAAUGAAUAAGAAGUGUGAACUCUGUGAGCUUGAUCGUAGCUCGGAUGUUGGGAACAAAUGAGUUGGUUUGAGUAUUAGUAUACCUAAACAGCAGAUUAUAUUCACACACAGCACUCUCUGGAGUUGAUAAGGAACACUGCACACAAAAAAGCAACAGCGAGUGACUGACUGGAUCAAGCUGCCAAGAAGCAUAUAGUAUUAUUAAUGUUCAGUCCUGCUGUGCUGCAUAGUAUCUCAGCAUACACAAAAUAUCAAAUCUUGUGGUGGAUUUGUCUACAACAGCAGAAGACCAUAUUUUGUUCCACUCCUGUCAGCCAACAAGAAUCUGGAAAUCUGCCCAUAUAGUCCCAACAAGCAUACCAUGCUCACAGAUAUCACACGUCAUGUUCAUUAGAUUCUAUUGUCUGAUAUGAAGGUUAACAGAUGUUCUUGAUCUGUAUCUGCAUGAUUUUAUUUAUACACGAGUGACUGAUUAGAAACCUGUAUGAAAAUACAGGUGUUCCUAAUAAAGUGGACAGUGGGUGUAUUACAAAAUGUCACUGAAGGGGUCAACAAUUUUGGAUAAUAAUACAAAGCUGAUGUAACUUUGCACUACAUGUAGUAAUUGUGUGUGUAUGUAUAUGAGGGUGUAGGAACCCAUACUACAGACACAUUAUGAUUUAACAAAAAACAAAAACAACAACAAAAAAAAACUGUGCCUUAUACCUACACUUGUCAGGUGUGUAAAAAUUCACAGGUCAUGCAAUGUAAAGCCUAAACAAGCAUUAUUUUUGUAUUAAAUAAAACAAGUGUAAUUACGA